AUGAUUCGCUUUCGCCAACUCCAGGCUAUCUGCAAUGGUCGGCGCACGAUUAACAGACUCCCCACGGAGGUCUUCGCCGAAAUCUUCGCGAACGCUCUCACCGAAUGGACCGACAACCCGUACUUCCUGCAGGACCUCUCCCAGGUCUGUUCGCAGUGGCGGAGAAUCAUCGCCGGAUCGCCGCUGCUCUACAGAUCCUUCAGGCUGAAGUGUCCCAGACUUACGGCUCGCCACUUGCGACGAUCGCGUACCCUUCCCCUCGACGUCGACAUCUACGAUGUGAAUUUGGACAUGCCUAGCACCGUCGCACUGAUGAACAGCAUCACCGUCUUGAGCCCUCAGCUGGACCGCGUGCGCUGGCUGAACGUGACUUCCCAUUCAUCGAAGCUCAGCGCGUGGAUACUAGGCAUGCUCGAGGACCUGCCCCAUCACAGGCUGACGAGCCUUUCUCUUGCGCUUUCCCGUCCAGAAUGGCCGGCAUCACUACGCUUUCCCGAAUCGCCGGAGGCAGAGCGGGUCUUCCGCGGACUCACUUCGCUGACUCUGCAAGACCCUAACAUCGGGGGGGCGCUCCUCGAACCAGCGGGACUGCGGGACAGUAUCCACUUCAACCUACGCCGACUCACGCUGGAAUUCAUCGUAGCGGUCCCGCCAACAAACGCUACGCUGAUACAUCUCCUAUCGCGAUGCCCGGAGCUCGAAGAGUUCACGCUGCGCUCGGUGGACCCAGUCGCGUUCGAGCGCACCGAUAGAUACGGCUGUCCAAUGUGCCAACUUCUCAAGCUCAGGACAUUCACAUACCACGCCCCGAACUUCAAGACCCUCGCAGACAUCACACGCCACGUUGAACCGAACGUCUUCCAGAUGCCCAAGUUCGACCUGUCCAUUCCGACUUUAUCUGACAAGGCGAUCGCAGCGCUCCUUCGUCGGCCGAGUGAUGAUGGCAAGCGAGCAUACCAGCUUGCAUGUCUAGGCGAGGGCUUGCGCCGCAUGGACGUGCGCUGCUUGAAACAGCAGUGGCAGAUUCUGGGCUUCUACACGAAGGAGCGCACCACAUCAGCCCCCGACGUCACCUUGGCCCUCGAACCAAACGGCCUCGUAACACGCUCGGAACCGAGCCUGUUCUUCUGGUCGUGGCCGAUCAAGGACGUUUCGAGCGUCACGGUUCUCACCUUCCAUCUGUGCCGCGACUUCGUUGUACCCCCAGACGCGGCGCAAUGGACCAGCCUCCUUCGUUCGAUGCACUCCCUCGAGACUCUAGUGCUGGUCGGGGCGUGGUGGGCAGAUAUACACCAGCUGUUUAAGGCAUUGGACCCAGCCUUUCCUGAUGGCUCUCUGUUGUGUCCCAAGAUGACUACAGUGGAGCUCAUCGAUUCUGAUACUGUCGGAUACUGUCAACCUUCAGUCCCCGCCGCCUCUCAUUCCCAGAUCCACCACCGACGAUGUAUUGAUAUUGGCACCCUCGGGGCGCGAUCGUGGCUGGAACCCAGGUUCCGACGAGUGAUAUCGGGAGGGACCGAGGAUGACGAGGAUGAAGAUACAUACUGGCGAGCCAGCGGCGACGAAUGGUCGGUGGGACAGGUAGGAUUGUAA